UUUUUACUCCACAAAUUAGACAUAAAUAACAUAAUACAGACAUACACAUAGCAUUCCGUUAUGUAGGUACUUAUUGUUGUUUACUAAGUAAAAUAAUUAUUAUAGGUAUUUUCUAUUUUUCUUGGAAUAGUUACUGCUGCCUUUCCUUUAUUAUUUCAGAUUCUGUCUAGUAUGGCUCCCUGCAGCAAAAAGGAAUUAGAACAAAAACUGAAGCAAGCCCUUCUUGAACUACAGGCAUCUCAAGAGGAAUGCAAGAAGCUUCUAGAAGAACAUGAAGAGAGUGAGGCAGAAGUAAUAAAUAUAAAUAAUAGAAUACUGUUUUUAAAAAACGAGCUCACUGAGUUAGAUGGUCGGUAUAAGGACUUACAGGAGCAACGGGACCACUUACAAUCCGUGAUCAACUCACAGGAUGAAUGUCAAAACAACCAUGAGGCUGCUCUAAAUCGUAUCAGAGAACUAGAGCAACAGGUUGCUGAAGCCUAUAAUACAAUAAAAGCUCAUGAGGACCAACAUUCUACCAAUGAGUCACAACAAACUUUGGCAUUAUACAAUGAGUUAGUUCAUGAAGAAAAUUGCCAAAAUAAUGAGUCCAUGACCAUAGAUCUCACUUCAAUGAGCGAUAAAUAUAGUGAUGAUGAUGAAGGUUAUGAAGAAAAAUAUAAAUUACGACAAGAAAAUUGUGAGCUCCAACGCCAAUUAGCCCGAAUACAGCAACUAUAUGACAAUGCACAGAAGGAAAUUGCCGAACACAUCAAGGCAACAGAGUCCCUGGUAAUUAACACGGAACGGCUUGAGUCUCUGGUGCACGACCGAAACCUGGAGCUGGAAACACUACGCGCCAAAACAAGCAGCGAGUCUAGAGAGGAUUUGCAGCGCGGGGGGCUGGUCGUAGAUUCUGGAGCCUCACCGUCCACCAGCGCCGCGUGUACCACGCGCCGCGAGACCGCGCCACGAGGUACCACGCCCCGUAGGGCUUGCCGCGUCGCCUAG